AUGGAGCUUCGUAUCUCUAAAGUACCAACCUCUCUAUCACUCAACAGUAGAAGUCGUUCACUGGAAGAUCAUGUCCAUUGCGAAGCCUUUAAGGAUGAGGAGAACUUCAGUAGCACCUAUUACGACAGCGGCAUGCCUCAAUAUCGCAAGCAUCACAUAGAAUUGGCGUUCUUAAUGAAAAAUGACAAUCUUUCUUUAGCCUGCCGUCUUCAAAAAAUUUCUGACAUUCUCCUGAUGAAUGCAAGAUCCAGAAAUUUUUCACUCAUACUCAAGCCUCGGAUAUCAAAACUACUACAGAAAACAGUGUUACCAUCCACGGUGCAAGUAAUGGAAAACAUUCAGCUCUACUUGGAAGAAGAGCCAGAGAUAGUAAAUAGUCUCAUGCAAAUAAUUGAAUCCAUUUACAUUUUGGAAAAUGCUCAAGAGUGCCAGCCUUUUGAGCCCACUAUUUCCGUGCUAACAGACUUUUACAUUUUUUUGACAAUGCUUCAAGAAGCCGAAAAUACCCAUACGUUGGAUGUAUGGUGUUUGAAAGUGCUGGAUACUGUUGCAGUUGUAACUGAAACCUCAAGAAAUUUUGAGGAAAUCAUUAGUUGGCUCGUGGAUUUCUUGAACCAAAUGAAAGGCAAGCAAACUUCCAUUUGGCAAAACUCCUUUGAUCUUUUGAGUAAAGUUUUGAAACACAUGUCUAGCUUAUGUGAAGCACCGCUAUCUGAUGCACUGGAGAGAAGUGAAAAUGGAAAAAUUUUGAAACUUUCACUAGAGUCUCAAUAUAAGGAGUACGUAACAUUUGAUUAUUCAACUGCCAAGUAUUUUCCACUGAACAUUUCUGAAACCCUUAAUGACAUCAAGGUUUGGAAGUAUUUGGAGACUGAAAAAAAAUUCCCUUCCUUCGUAGCUCUCUUUGAGGCAACACAAAAUAGUUCGUAUCUUUCCAAGAACACUGCAUUGCAUCUUCGUCAACCUGACUCGUUGUCGAACAACAAAAAUCACAGUCCAAACGUUGAAAAAGAGAACCUCAACACUCACAAAAGUAUCCUUGGGAUUCUGUGUAGGAAACUCAAACAUUCACUAGCUAAACGUGUUGCAUAUUCCAAGCAGAUUCUCAAUUCAUUUCUUGGUGGUGACAUUCUUGUUCCAUCAAUUGGAAAAACAGAUAGCAGUGCAUUCAAAAAGGAUGUUUGCAAUGAAUCUGUACUUGACGUAAUUUAA